AGAAUAUUAGCGAAAUAUUGCAUACUUUUAGUCUCUUACCUUGGCAACAACGUACUGUUAGGUUCUAAAAGUAAGAGGAAACGGUGUUAUUUAGGUGUUAGUAUCAAAGAAUCGGGAAUAUGGCAAGUAUAAUAAGAAGAAUCAUAAAUACUUCUCUUGCACCAAAAGCAAUCGGACCUUACAGUCAGGCUGUUCAAGUAGAUAACACACUUUACAUCUCUGGCCAGAUUGGAUUUGACCCAGCAACCAUGAAAUUGGUAGAGGGGGGCACUGUUCCUCAGACUAAGCAGCUUCUUCAGAAUAUGGGAAAAAUUCUUGAAGCUGCUGGAGCUACAUAUAACAAUGUUGUCAAGACUACAGUGUUGUUGGCUGAUAUGAAUGAUUAUCCUACUGUAAAUGAAGUUUAUAAAGAAUUUUUUACUACCAAUUGUCCAGCUCGUGCUGCAUAUCAAGUUGCUUGUUUGCCUGCUGGUGCUAAAGUUGAAAUAGAAGCUAUUGCUGUUAUUGGCAAUAUUGUAGAAUCACAAUGACUAGUAUCUCGAUUGUGAUGGACAUUCUGCAGUUAUGGGAAGGAAAGUUUUAUGUCUGAAAAGAAAUCUCAAUUAAGAGAAACGUUUCUUAACUCUGAAACCAGAGAAGUCUUUUGUUAACAUAUUAAUAUAUAUAAAAUAUACCCUUAUAUGCAUGCAAAAUUCCAAAGUUGAGAAUUUAACCAAACUUAACUAAAUGAAGAUUCUUCAAUUUUAGUGUGAAAACAUUUCAUUGAAUAAAAUGCCUUGUUUCAUGGAAAUUUGAGGAACAAUGUUUUGGUGUCUUAAUUUUAAGAUGCCAUAAACAUAAAUCCUAGACCUUGUCAAAAGCAUUUUGGAUAUCAAAACAUUUUCUGAACAGCUUGUCCUUGAAGUUGUCUUUAAUGUUUGCUGAAUGAAACUAGUAAGUUUUUAAAACAAAAGUUUAUAAAGAAGAUCAAACUCAAACUAAAUUUCUCUAAUGAAUUGUCAGAUUUUAAAUUGAUUGCAUACAAGUAGAUACGAGUUAGUGCCAAAUUCAGUUACAGCUCUGAGUAGCUUACCCAAUGUGUGGAACUUUAUAACAUCGUAAAACCUUUCCUAUACAUGUGUUCCUUUUCACUGUCACUCUUAUCUUAUGGUUAUCACAACAGAUGAAAU